GGGACAGCAUGGCUACAGUGUCUGAGCCUUUGGUCGGGAGCAGCAGGUCUCUGUCUGCAGCCAGGAGACACAAAAGUAUCAGGAAGAACUCUCGAAGGAUUUAUUCAGCUUUUCAGGACCACCAGGGGGGGUGAGCUUUUCCAGUUUUUCUCUUUUCCCAGUUGAUCAAUUUUCCUUGAAGAGGAUAUCUGUCUCUUUGUCACUGUCCGUCUCUUACUCUUAUUAGUUGUCAUUACACUGAGCCUUAAAGGACAUCCUGUAGGCUGUAGUUGGUCAUUUACUAAAUCUAAUAACCAGGGAAAACUACAAAGAGUUUCCGGUGUGUUGUGCUUUCUUUCCCAAAUGUCUUAAAUGUAAUUCAAAAUGUAGUGCCUGCUGUCCUACAUAGAAAAAAAAAAGUAUUUUUGAUUUUUUAUCCUUAUGAACCUGUGACUGUCUUGUCUUAUUUUAAAAUUCAGUCACUGAUCUUUUGUCAUGCGUGUACAUCUUUUUUUAAUCCCUUAAUCUUCCACCUGAUUUAAUGGAUAAUAUUAUAGACAGGACCAGGGUUUAUGAUCUUCAAAUCAUACAGUUAUGAUGCAUGUGUAACCUUUAUAAGUGUGCUUCCACCUUUGUUGAAUGCAGUGUUAAAGCCAGGCUGAUGCUGCAGGUGUAAUAAUUACCGGUACAUGUAGGAUUUACCAAAGGGACUCUGUAUUAUCAUCAGUUUACUGUAAUAUGAUUCAGAACAUAUAAAUUCUCACACAAAAAAUAAAUAAAUAAAUAAAUAAAAAUCAGCAAGAUGAAGGGUUCCUGUUUUGCCAUCGACUGUUGGUGCAGAAACUUCCAAAUGCAGUUUAUUUAUGAUGACUGACUAUUUUAACCACUGUAAGUAUUCAUAAACACAACUUUUACGUAUAAAGAAAAUGCUACAAUUACCAAUGAUAACACUGUAAUAUUAAUAUUAAUAUGUCAAUAUUAAUAUUGAUAAUACAGCAACAAUGCUAAUACCUCUAUAAUGAUGGUUAUAAGAAUAAUUAUUGUUAUGACUGCAGCAGUAAAAAUUGUUGCAACUCAUAAAUAGAAUAAGAAUUCCACUCUUAUAAUUUACAUUCACUUCUACAAAUUCUCUUUUAUCCAGAUUUACAAUUUACAAUAAACUCUUAACAUUUUGUGCUUUUUUGCACCAAUAUUUUUUUUCUCUUACAGCAGAUCCUCACACCUGAUUUUUUUACUGAGAAGUGACAGCUGAGUGGAGUUUGAAACACUUUCCUUUUUUUAUUAUAGACCACACGUUGUUCACUGUUAAAUUCAGAUGUCAAGUUAGGUCAAUAGUUAAUUAGCAAAGCACUUACAUGUGUUAUUGUCUGCACUUUUUUUAUAUUCAUUUAUAACACAGCCCUCAAAUUUUCCCUGGUCACCAUAUUCAGGGGCUUGAUGAACUGCAAUGCCAGAGCUUAAAAAAAUAUUUCUACUUGAAAUGUCAGAAAGCAAAAGCUGGUGAGAACCUGGUGUCUAGCUGGCUGUCAUAGGGGUGCUGCAUUAGAAAAUAUCAGUGCAUGUGCUGAUACAGGGAAACUGGUUAAUUUAUAGGAUAACAAACUGGAAGAUUACAAGCAAGCUGUACAAGUGAGGGGUCAUUUUUCUACAAUCUUCCAACAUUCCUGCCAGUAUCAUAAUAAUUAUGUCCUCAUCAUAAUUACAGAUUGUCCUACUGUGGUAGACUAAUAUUGUUUAUUUCAAAUUAGCAUUAACAGGCUCAAUAUAUUGGUCCAUAUGCUGUUCAGUGUCCAUUGUGCACGCGAUAGAUCCAUGUGAUUCAGCUGCAAAAGUGCAUACAGAUGUACAACCUACCUUUCUUUGAUGUUACCCACACAUGACCUUAUAAUUAGAUCCUGUUGGAUACUGCAGCACAAUCAGACAUUUUAAUAGUUAAUGACAUUAAGCUGCUGUGCUCUGCUUUGUAAAAGUCAACAGCGUCUUGCUCAUUUUAGGAACCUUACUGAUUGUCUCCGCUGUGCAGUGCAAUUUUUUCAGACAAAUAAUAUCAUAGCUGAAAGAUUGUCUUUUGCAUGUGGCAACAUUUAACAAGUAGUGGCAAAGAUAAAUGUCCUUCAACAGGCAGAAACCCUGAGCAGAACUAAGCUCAUGUUGGGAUUCCCUGCUGCAGUACUGAGCUCACAGGCAGAGAGACGAACAAAGAGACACAACAUCAGAUUUAACAGGCUGCAGCUGCACCUGAUAGCAUCUUUAGUCUCUAUAACCCCAGUCAUUAUUGGUUGUGUCCCCAGCUCGUCUGAUGAGGAAGACAAAGGGGACGAGAGGGUGGACAGCAACGACCCAGAGGAGCUGUUUCAGAACAUUCAGUACCAGAAAGAGAUCAUCGCCAAUAUUCGAACCCGACCCUGGCCAAUGAGACGCAAGCUCAAAGUUCUUAAGUACCGCAUCGCCUGUUUUGUUUUAUUGUUGAAGAGCUGGAAUAACACCCUCUGUCCUCUUCUGCUUUUGAACACACCACACACACACACACACACACACACACACACACUAUCUUACACUGUGUAUAUAUGUGAAACCUGAGCCCGUCAGAUUCCCUGAGAUAUGUGCAUCAAGACUGAGGUGCUGGAAUAUAUCAAUGAGGCACUUGAAUUAGUGUCAUGGACAUGGACUGCUUAUAAUCUGUCAUCAAACCACAGCCAUGGGAAGGGCCCUCAUGAUCACUUCCCAUGAGGAAAUGACACAAAUACAACAUACUGUUUGUUACCGGUUUGAGGCAGCUCUCACCCAAAAUGAACUGCAAAAUAUUGCAGUACCAGUGUCUUUGCUUAGUUUAAUCAACUCAUUGACAUUGGAUCGCUGCACUCUGCAUGUCACCAUGGGCAUUUUAGUCUCUUAUAAAUACCUAAUACUUAAGAGUGGAUUUACAUUUCUAAAGUCUUUUUUUCAUCUUGUUGUAGCCAUGAGUUCAAAUUCUGUUGAGUCACACAAAUAAUUUUGCAACAUUUGUCCCCUUUUUCUGCUCUGUCUUAACUCACAAAACAAACUGCAUUUAUGACAUUUAAAACACUGAUUAAGUUCUGCAGCUCUGUGCACUUUGCUCAAACUGUAACCUUCUUCCUGCCCUGCUGCACAGAGCUGUUCUAUGCGCUCUCAUCCUGAUGGAGCUAAAUUCAAGCCACAUGUGUGACUAGCUGAAUUGAGAUUGAAAGCCCAAAUUUCACAAUCUCUAUCCUGCUUCCUUUUUGUUAACUUAACUAGCAAGUUGAAGCUGAAAACAGACAACUGAAGAUGAUGUCGAUGUUGUACCUGACAGAAAACAGGGCAGACAGAGAAAAGCAGAGUAGUUACAGAGGUGCUUAGAUGUGCUGAGUAUGUGCCAUGGUUAACAGGUUUUAUAUGGGCAGUUUGUUAUUCCUGCAGAGGUUUUAUUACCAUCAUCAAGUGCAAGAUGCAAGUCUGCAUUUUUACACUCUCUUUAAUCUCAGUCUGAAUGUAUGAGAUUAGUCCCACUGCAAUAACAGCUCAUAUUUAACAUCACAAAUCUCUGCUCUUUACUGUGAUUUAGACGACUUUCAGAAUCAGUGUCAAAGUUAAAGCUCUGACCCCAGACCUCAGCCUUAGUGAUGCAAAAUGAAUCUAGCUGCUUCAGUUGCUUGUCAUUGGACCGUGUAGUGCAAGGUGAAAUGGUUCAUCACCCUUUGAUCCGUCUUCAUUCCAGGAAACAGAACCAGCCAAGUUCACUAUCGAGUCUUUAGUGCCUGAUGGGUAUGAUAAAUGUGUUCUGUCUGCUUUGACUGCUUUAGGAUGACUGAGGUUUGAACGGCAUAUUCAUCAGUGCUUAGACCAUAAUUCUCAGUGUGUAACAAAUACACUGUUUAUAACAUGAGGAAAAUUGGACCUCAUAACAGGCUUAUACAGGAAAUGCAGCAUACAUGUAACAAAAUAAUAAUGACAGUAACUGUAAGAAUAAGAUCAACCAUCCAUUCCUGAAAGGCAGAAGUUAUUUUUACCAGGGAUCUCUACUCAGGUCUUGCCCUCGUCCAUCCUAGCAAGCACAGAAAAAAGGUCAGAGGGUCUGUAUUCACCACAGAGUGACUGAGGCCCAUAAUAUAAGUAUGCAGAUGUGUUUAUGACUAGGGAUGAGGAUUUGGUCCAUGAAAUAACUGAUAAAGCAUUUGUCAAAACCUGAAAAUCAAUGUUUGAGCUUAUCGAGUCUGCUAUCUGGUCCCAUGAGGUAAUUUCAUACUUUCAGUUCAGUUGCCUCUGUUAAUUAAAUCAACGGCACACACAGACACAAAUAGAGUGUCUAAUAAAAGUGUUUGACUGCAAAUAGUUAUAAAAAUACGUAAAGAGGAAUUUUGGUGGUCUGUUGCGUGGUGGCUGAGGUCCAAAGGGUGGCUACAUGAUACCAAAGCUGAAGACUGGGAUGAAGAGAAAUGGAAUUUAUAAUGGAAAAUAAUUUCUCACAAAGAGGAACCUUAAAGGUGGGGAAGGUAGGAUUUGAGGAAGUUCCAGUUUUGGGGAGAAAUCUUGAAUGUAAACUCUACCCCUUCCAAACAGUUUUCCCCUCAGCUCCUCCUCUCCCCUCCUUCUCUGCUCCAGCAAGCCCCGCCCACAAACAGACACUCCUGCUCACUCGUAUCGUUUCAAUUAAAUUCAGAUAUAAUGCAGAUAAAUACUUCAGAUAAUUACAAAUGGGGCCCAAUCAAUAUGAAAGUAAAAAGCAUUGGUGCUACUAUAGAUGCCAACAGACUACCAGCAAACACAAUGGCCCUCAUUAAUCAAACGAACGUAAGGCAGAAAACUGUCUGUCCGACCAUUUCCACUCAAGGAAGGAUCGACAUUUAUCAAUCUGCACGUGAGCGUACGCUACGACCAAAUCUCACGACAGGUCUCACAGUGCAGAUUUGUGGUGCUGCAAAUAUCUGUCUCAGAAUAACUGAUAAACAAACCUCAAACAUACCACUAAGCACAAUCAGCCAGAUUUCAUUAAAGAUUAAGUCAUAAAUAAAAUAAUAUAAAUUUGUUAUGUCCUUAGUGAAUAGGCCUAUUUGAUAACCCUGCCCACAAACACUGCCACAGAGCAGGAGCGCCGUUUUAACAUUACGCACACGCGCCACUGUAGAGCGCUGCGUUUGACUCAUAGAAGGCAGGUGUCUCUGUCUUGGCCCAGCAGCGGGGACGUUGUUGUACACUCCUGAAAGGGUGUGGGACAUCAUUUGGGCCAGUACAGUUUUGCACAAUGUUGCACGGGAGAAUGGAAUGCCGUUGGCUGUGCCGGUGCAACGUGAGGACCCGAUGCCCGGAGAACACUAACGAGUAGAGACUCCACAAAGGUGCUGUACAGAGGAGACAGGACCUUAUCCAUGGAUUCUGACAUGUAAAGUAUAAGUUUAGAAAGUGCUCUUGCUAUUUAAUCAGUGAUAAAAAUCCAAUAGAAAUCCAUAAAAAUGUGCCUCAGGGGCAGCAACACACCGUUUGGUGACGUUAAUAAUUAUUUUUGUUGAGCCUCUGUCAGACUCUCCAGUCUGCUCUACAUUACAAAGACGCAACAAGUUAAAACUAAAUACUUUCAAUAACAGGAGCAACGUACCCUCUGUCACACCAAAAAAAAAUAUGACAAAAAAUACUACACUUAAAAAAUAAUCAUAGAAAAGACUCGAUAAGGACUUGCACAAUUAAAGAGUCUUGAUAAUAGUAUCGGUAUCAAUAAAGAGUUACUAGUCAUGACUGGUUUACACCUGUGUCUUUGCUUUCCAGACAGGCCAGAGAAAUAGUUCUGAAGUACGAGGGCCGCCUGACCAGAACCAGAGGUUACCAGACUGCAGGAGCUGAUGUAAGUGCACAUCCCUCUUUUAUUGUAGUUUUCUCUUGCAUGUAUUGACAUUAACUAAAGUUUUGCAGAGAUGUGCCAGAGCUGAAUAGAGCUGAUUCAAAAUAAACAAGCUGCAAAAGAGACAACAUAAACAUCAGAGAUGGUUCUGAAGGAUUUUUCCUGCCCUGUGUCACUGCCAGCAGCUUCACCAAACUACCCAGCUUGAACUCCAUUUAUUCUGUCCAACUGUAUACUGAGAGGAGCCUCUGUGUUAUUUCUCUGCACUGCAGUAACUUGAUGAUUAGAGCCAGAAUAAUAAAACAUAUCCAAUGCUUAUUGUUCAGGCUGCUGCUGAGCUCAAAUGAAUCACAGCUUUUCUCUUAAUUCAGACUGAGCACAAACAUCCUGUAGAAAAGACCAUCUUUGCCUAUCAGCAUCAAAGUCUCACAUAUUCUGAUAGAAGAGGGGAGCUGUACAGCUGUAGCAUGCACACAUGAGUGAAUUUAUAGCCUGUUAAUAUAGCUCUGUUUAAUUAAAAUGUUCAGGGUGCUCAGGCCCCAAUUAGAAUAUAUCCACUUUAGUAUGUCUGCUGAUGAGUUAUUAACUUUUUUAGUUCCCAGUUAAUUAAAAAUCUGAAUCAUUGGUGCAGCUAAUCUCACCUUAAAGUGAUUAAAAUUUUUGUCAUUAAUCUUCUCAGUCCAAGUGGUUCUGUUCUCAGUGCAGCACAUAGACAUGUGCAGCAGUAAACAUCCUGAGCAGUGCAGUGUAAAUGAGACUCUGUCAGGAUACAGCUCAACUACAGUCUAUCCUGGAGGCUCAGGUUUGAUUCUAGACCACAUAUUUCCCUUUUCAGAAAAAUAGGCGCCUACUUAUUUCAUGUAUAACUUGGCUCUGGUGCGAAAACGUAAUCUAGCAAUCCAGCAGCCUGUUGUCUCAGUGGAUGCUUUUCAUUUUUGAUUUGAUUCAUCUUAUUUCCCUUUUGGCUUUACUUUAACUUCUUAACAUUACGUACAGAGUGGAUUUGAACUGAGGCCUUUCAAGAGUUAAUGCAAAGUCAAAGUUAGACAGUUAAGAUAAAGAUGUGAGAAGAUAGACAUUUUCAAGGAUAGUUUAUUUAUCCUUUUUAUCCUCAUAGAACAGUUUGAGAUGCUCGUCAGCAGUUGGUGUGCUGUUAUUGUUAAAGGAGGAUUGAUGACUGGCCUGGUAGAAGGAGGGUCAGUGGGAGGCGGACUAGAACUUGUGGGUAUGAAAGGCCCAGAACGUGACACUGGCCCCGUUUACAUGGGUCCAAAAAUCCUAUUUACAAUCAGAUUGAAAGGUUAAUCAGAUUCAAAAUAUCUCAUAUAAACACCUUAGCCAAUCUGAUUCACUCGGAUCUGAUUGUAUUUCGGGUCGGAUUGUAAGAGGUAGUCUACACCGAUUGAUAAUCCGCUCCAUGCUCCAUAUAUACGGCUGAGUGUAGCGGAUUGGGUUUACAGAGAGGCUUGUCCGGUCUGCGCAGGAGCUCGGUAGUACGUAAGAGGCACGUAGUGACGUACGCAGAGCGCGCCCCAACGAAAACAAACAUGGCGAACAAACAGAAAAACUGGACGGUGGAGUGUUAAAGUGUGUUGUUUCGUGCUAAUGACGAAGCGUACACUACUUGCUGUGUAACCCAGCUGGAUUAUACUUUUAUUGAACUUCAACACAUAGGGUUCCUUACUCUGCUCGGUCUGGUAACUCCGGCAGUGUCACACACAAACGCGUCCAUGCGCAACUCUAAAAUGGAACUAAAACAAUGGUUCCUAUUAACAAUUCCCAUUGAUACAAUACAAUACAACUGGAUUCAGCUGGGGCCAUGAAAACAUGGACUGAACGUGGAUCUCUUUACUUAAAGUUCAUGUAUACAGAUGGAAUCAGAUUCACUUAAUCCGAUUGAUUUCAAUCAGAUUGAGGAAAACUACCCAUGUAAUCGGGGCCACUGAGGGGGCAAAUCUUUGAGGUUCAGGGUUAGAAUAGGCUUGAUGGAAUAGCAAAUUAGUUAGUGAACCUUAUGAUACUUGGAUUGGAGACUCAUUUCUUAAUUGUGGAACAGGAGCAGGUCUCUUAGGUUCACAUUGUGCUGCAGAGAGUGUGGGAGCUAUGGGAAAAGGGUCUGAACAGACAGACAUUUUUCCAGAUGACAAUGCAGGUACUGAUUCUGUUAAGUUGGGUUUAGACAUGGACUUUUCACAUUGAGGGGCUGGGAUAGAAGUUACUGGUUGAUUUGGAGAUGAUUGAGUUUUUAGGAGGUGAGACUCCUCUUCAGAAUCUCCUUCUGAGUAGCCAUGUUCUAGUGCUGGACGAUAAUUCGAUAACAAUAUAUAUCGAUCGAUAGACGUGUGGUGCGAUAGAAAAAAAAACGGGUCGAUAAAAAGUUCGAUAGAAAAACACAGUUUCCCUUUCUUUUUCAUCAUAGCCUAUCAUGUAGCUUUUACUACAGUCAUUACUUCCUCCCAACCAAUCACAAACGCAGACCCAGGUACGCUACGGCACCAAGCCCAGCCCCUAUCAAACCACAACAGACAGCACGUGUAUUAGAAAAAAUGAUACAGCAAGGAGAAGCGGAGGACAUUGUCCCGAAAAAAGGUUUCAGUAGUUCACCAGCAUGGCAAUGUUUUGGUUUUUAGAAGUCUGACAAAAAGCGAACAGCGGUCGUUUGCAAAAUUUGCAGAGAAUUAGUAAAAACGAAGUCUGAUAACACAACCAACUUGUUUUACCAUCUAAACCGAUCGCACCCGCAGGAGUAGGCCUACGAGCUGUGUCGGCCGCGCCGUGGCUCCACGUCGUCGGAGGAGGAAUCCUCUGGAACCGCUGCCAGCACCAGCACAAAGCAUGUGAAGCAGACCAAACUGGACUUCGUUUCUUGCCAAAAUACGACAAAGCGUCCAAGCGGCAUAAGGACAUCACCCAUGCAGUAACAUGCUCCAUAGCGAGGGACAUACUGCCAAUAACUACCGUUGAAAAGCCUGGCUUCGACCAGCCUCUAGCCACUCUCGACCCGCGAUAUGAAGUGUCCGGCCGCAAGUAUUUCUCAAACACAGCGCUUCAGGCAUGAAAAUGGGUCAGGGGUUGAAAAGCUGAGAAGGGUGCGGAGGAAAUACGUUCCGGUGUAGCUUCUUAAAGUGGAAGAAAAUGAGCUCAUAUUUUACAAAGACGCGAGUAUUUGGAUCAUGGCUACUAGCAGGGGGUGCAUUCGGCAGGGGUGCGUUCUACGACACAACACCGGCGUGGAUAAGUCCUGCUUCUCGUGCUUAGUUUGUAUUAAGUCAAUCACAUAAUUAAAAAAAAUAAAUCUCCCGACCCCGAGAGAAAUAUUUCAGUGUUCGGACACCAGGCUGUGGGCAGUUUCCCACACAGUUAUAACUGGUAGUAUGCUAUUCCCACCUAAAGCUAUUCUGUUUAUUUAUAUAUUUGUUUAUUUUCAUCAAAAGACUAUUUAAAUAUUUAUUUAUCAGAUUUUUUGGUCACUUUAGUCUUUAUGUUUGUCAGUAUUUACUGACGUCAUUCUUUUCAGGAUCUUUUCUUUUUUUUUUUUUAGUUCUUUUUUAAAAAACUUUCAGUUGUGGUAAAAUAAAAAAGGUGGUUGAAUAAAGGUUUGAAUUUGAAUUCAGUGCUUGUGUGUUCUUUAUUAAAAGUAGGUCAUUAAGCAAUAGCAUAAAACAUCCAGGGCUGCAAUUAAAAUAUAUGUUAAAUAAUUAUAACAAUUAUAUCGAUAAUUAUCGAUAUCGAUCAAUAUGAUUUAUUUUUUAUCGAUAUGCUUUUUUUCUAUAUCGUCCAGGCCUACCAUGUUCGUACUGUUCAACUCUCUCAUGUAAGUCCUUUAUUAUGCUCUUUGUGCCACUUCUUGUCUCAAUGAAGCAGUCUCUGAGGUUUCUGCAACAGGUUCAGCACAUUGACUUAAAUGUUCGGGGGGCUGGUCAUAAAGUUCAGUUUGGUAAUCCUGAAGAUACCUAGGAGGCAUUUUCUCUCUUCGAGGCCUUCCUCCAGUCUGACUGCUGUCAUGCCAAACUGAAUUUGGAUCCAUUUUCAAUAUAGAUUUUAUCUCCGGCUCGAAGGACCAUGUAAAAGAUUAUGGUGAAACCGAUGCUGGCUCACUGAACAUCUUAUACCGAGUGAACAUUCAGACACAGGAUCCAGGAUUCAGUUUAGAAGUUUUAUUUUCUUUCAUCUUCUGUGGAUGAUUUUUUCUGUUCAAACAAUCAAAGAAAUAGAAACAAGGUGUAUCAACAUAAAAUAUUUAAACAAAAAAAGGACUUAUAAAGUUAAAUGAAUGUGUAAAUUAGUUAACUUAGCUUAUAUCAUCAAUCCAUCCACUUCAAGGCUUUAAAUCAUCAAUAAUUUUGGGUUUAGUUGGACAGCAAUCUAAUGAAAUAAUAUUAGACAAUAAACCAUAUUAGAAAUAAUACAAAAUGUAGUUAGGUUUUAGUCCAUUUUACACUCACAUUCAGACUCCCUUUGUUCUCUGCUGAUCCACGGUCAGGCUGCAAGAGGAAGAGAAGGCCUGAGGGCUGGCUUUAAUAAUGUUGGGGGUGUGGCUUGGCCUUGAGUGACAGGGGAGUCAGGAAUGGUGAUGGUGAGGUGAGAACUUGGGAUUUAACAGUUGGUGUAUUCGUCUCAGACAGAUACUGAUCAGCUUGUCCCUUUGGUUGAAAGAGUGACAUUGGAGGUACCAUGUGAAGACAUUUCGGGAUGGUCAGAUAUAUUUAGUGUUGCUCUGUUUAAUCCUCCCGCAGCUGCUGAAGAAACUUUACAGAGUGCUUUACAACAUUGUGGUCCUGUUCAUUCCCUGGGAAGUGAGGAUUAAGAAAAUUGAGAGUGAGUUGUUUUUCCUGAUUUAAUUAAAUUUUCCAAAGCCUCCUCUGCUGCUCCUUCUGCUAAGUAUCCGGAGGUAACAUGUUAUUACGGAAGUAUCAAUAUACAUACAAAAAAUAUUAUAAAUGCUUUGAUCUAUCUGUUCAGUUAGACUUUCCAGGGGAAAAAAUAGAUACAUAAAUAUGUCAAAGUGUUUGAUAUCUGAGUCUGUCUCAGUCAGAUGUUUCUUUUGCUUUCUUGAGGUCACUUUGGGUCAGGUGUGGCAUCCUACUUUAUCUUUCUUCGCUGGCUGUUUGGGAUCAACAUCGUCCUGACCAUCAUAACUGGAGCCUUCAUUGUCCUGCCUGAGGUGAGGAAGCCUCUGGCCCUGUACAUAUGUUUAAUAAAUCUUUACUUAAGGUAAAAUUUAAACUUUUACAGCUUGGUAAAUUCCCACCUGAGAUGGUAAAACUGGGUCAUACUCUGAAGCAAAGGUCUUCAUCCCUCCUGCUUUGCCUAAACUGAUAAAGAGUAUUGUAGGAGAACAGUUGGUCAUGAUUUGAAAAACAAAUAUCAUUUUUUUUCUUAUGCCAGGAUGGUAAAUUCCUUAUUGACUUCUCAAUCUCUAUAAGUAAAAAAUCCAAUUCCACUGAAGUUGGGAAAUUGUGAUAAACGUAAAUAAAAACAGAAUACAAUGAUUUGCAAAUCUUUUUCAACCUAUAUUCAAUAGAAUACACUACAAAGACAAGAUAUUUGAUGCUCAAACUCAUAAACUUUGUUUUUUUUUUUGCAAAUAAUAAUUAACUCAGAAUGUCAUGGCUGCCUGUUCAUUGGGAACAGGUGGGUGCCAUGAUUUGGUACAAAAGCAGCUUCCCCAAAAAUUCUCAGUCAUUCACAAGCAAGGAUGGGGCGAGGUUUACCACUUUGUGAACAACUGCAUGAGCAAAUAGUCGAACAGUUUAAGAACAACGUUUCUCAAAGUACAAUUGCAAGGAAUUUAGGGAUUUCAACAUCUACGGUCCAUAAUAUCAUCAAAAGGUUCAGAGAAUCUGGAGAAAUCACUGCACGUAAGCGGCACGGCCAGAAACCAACAUCAAAUGCCCGUGACCUUUGAUCCCUCAGGCGGCAUAGUAUCAAAAACCAACAUCAAUGUGUAAAGGAUAUCACCACAUGGGCUCAGGAACACUUCAGAAAACCACUGUCAGUAAAUACAGUUCGUCGCUACAUCUGUAAGUACAAGUUAAAACUCUACUAUGCGAAGUGAAAGCCAUUUAUCAACAACAUACAGAAACACUGCGGCUUCUCUGGGCCCGAGCUCAUCUAAGAUGGACUGAUGCAAAGUGGAAAGUGUUCUGUGGUCAAAUUGUUCUCAUUUCGAACUGUUUUUGGAAAUAGUGGACGUCAUGUCCUCCGGGCAAAAGAGGAAAAGAACCAUCCAGACUGUUAUCGAUGCAAAGUUCAAAAGCCAGCAUCUGUGAUGGUAUGGGGGUGCAUUAGUGCCCAAGGCAUGGGUAACUUACACAUCUGUGAAGGCAACAUUAAUGCUGAAAGGUACAUAGAGGUUUUGGAGCAACAUAUGCUGCCAUCCAAGCAACAUCUUUUUCAUGGAUGCCCCUGCUUAUUUCAGCAAGACAAUGCCAAGCCACAUUCUACACGUUACAACAGUGUGACUUUGUAGUAAAAGAAUGCGGGUACUCGACUGGCCUGCCUGCAGUCCAGACCUGUCUCCCAUUGAAAAUGUGUGGCGCAUUAUGAAGCGUAAAAUACGACAACAGAGACCCUGGACUGUUAAACAACUGAAGCUGUACAUCAAGCAAGAAUGGGAAAGAAUUCCACCUUCAAAGCUUCAACAAUUAGUCUCCUCAGUUUCCAAACAUUUAUUUAGUGUUGUUAAAAGGAAAGGUGAUUUAACACAGUGGUAAACAUGCCCCUGUCCCAACUACUUUGGCACGUGUUGCAGCCAUGAAAUUCUGAGUUAAUUAUUAUUUGCAACAAAAAAUAAAUAAAGUUUAUGAGUUUGAACAUUAAAUAUCUUGUCUUUGUGGUGUAUUCAAUUGAAUAUAUGUUGAAAAGGAUUUGCAAAUCAUUGUAUCCUGUUUUCAUUUAUGUUUAUCACAAUUUCCCAACUUCAAUGGAAUUGGGUUUUGUAUUGUAUAAUGAUUAUUCGAACAGAUCAGAAGAACCUGGUAGUUGAUUUCACUGCAUUUUCAGCUUAAACCUGAAAGGAACACCGAAAAUUCACUUAAUUUUUCCACAUAUGACAAGUCAGAUGUAAUAUUUCUUGUCCCUAAGGCCUUCUUGUAAUCAUCCCAGUCAAACAUGACCUACUUUGAGAAUGAGGCUAGGUUCUCAUUUCCAGCUGUGGACACCCUGUGUUGUCUUCUUAUUUUUAAGGUCAAGUUAUGCUUUACAUUUGUUCUUGACUAUCACCCUGAAGCCUCAAAUUCAGCAUUUUUGCCAGUGUGUGUCAUCAAGUAAAUUAGCCUUUCUACUUCCAACAUUAGUUCUGCUGUCUGCUGAAAACUGGAGUUGUUGAUUAAUUCAAAGUUUAAGAGGGCUCAAAGAAUGAAAAGACUGGUGGCUUCCCUCCAACCUCAGUGUGAGUCCGAGCCACAGAUGAACUGAAGGCAGUGGGACAUUACCUCCCUACUUCACCCAGGAUAGUAAAAAUACAGGUGCAGCUCAAUAAAAGUUCAAGUGUCCUGAAAAACUUCAUUUUCCCAAUAUUUUAAUUUAAAGACUGAACAUUUCAGAUUUUCUAUACAUUUAUCACACAUGCAGCGAGGUAUUUCUACUUUUUUUUAUUUAAUCUGGAUUACGGCACACAGUUUGUGAAAAUCAAAAGUCUGCUAUCUCAAAACGUGACAAUAUCACAAAACACCAAUCCACAAAAGGAUUCAUGACACAGAAAUGUUGAUCAUCUUGGUAACUGGUAAUCUUUCUCUUGAAAAAUCUCAAAGGAUUCUUUUGAUUAAUUGAUCUUUUUUGGGUUCAGCCCAGGUCAUCUGAAAACUGAACUCUGGUCUAUGGUCUUUUUAGUACAGGUAAGACUCUUCUGGCGUUGUCUCUGGUUCAGGAGGGUCCUGACUAGAGGAACACAACACUUGCAGUCAAUUUCCAACUCCAGCCUUAGUUCCUUGUGAAGCUGCUCUAAAUUCUUGAAUCUGCUUUGUUUCACAAUCUUCUCAAGGUUGCAGUUAUCCCUGUUUCUUGGUCUCCUUUUCCUCCUUCACUUUUCCACUCAGUCAACUUUCCAUGAAUCUGCUUCAUACAGACUCUGUGAACAGUCAGACUUUACAGCAGGGACCUCCUGUGGCUGACCCUUCUUGUUGAGGGUGUCCAUGACGGUCUUCUGGGCAACUGUCAGGUCAGCAGGUCUCCCCCAGGAUUGUGGUUGUAUUUACUGAACCCGAGUGCGAGAAUAAAGGCUCAGUAAAUCUUUGUGGGUGUUCAAUGUUAAUCAUUAGAGCUCUUUCCAGGACGUACUGUAAAAGGAGGUCAUUGGUGUGGUGUAUCAUAAUUGAAAAUGUCUGUGUUAACUAGCUGCUGGCUGGAGCUCCAUUUGGCACGACAAGGAGUAAAACGAUUCCCAAGGAGCACCUGGCUUCAGCACAAGACCUGGACACCAUCUGGUCUCUGGGGGUAAGCCUCUUUCCUGUUACUGUUCUGUCGAUAGCACAUUAAUCCCAGAUGAAAUGAACCAUCAUUUUCCUCCCACAGGUUACAUAAUCUUACAGUUCAACUCAUUUAUUGGUCUGGCAGAGAAAUAACGAAUGCCUCAUUGUCCCUGCUGUUAGGGGUACAGAAAUACUUAAGUUAUUUCAAGUAUUCACAUUAUCUACAUUUACAGAUGACAUGAUCCGCUUCCCAUUUUUGGACUUGGCUUGAUGUAGUGAUCUGGUACUCUGGUGGAUCCAAGUGUCAAAGAUUCAAAAUGUCAAAAAAUGAUUUUUAACUGUUUAGCACAUGGAGUGUUUUAUUGUGACUAUGGGCUCUAUUUUCAUGCUUCGCCAGAGACGUGACGCAGGCACAGCGUAAGUCAGGUCCACCGCGCUGACAAGGCGUUCCCAAGCACAAUUUGGUAUUUUGGUGAGCAGCACAGCCCGGCUUUAGUAUCCCACCUCCCUAACUCAGCGAGGGAGGAGAGAGGGCGUAGAGUGGGUUUAACACAGCCGAGACCGGUAUUGACCAAUAACAUCAGCGCCUCUCCUCGCCAUUAAAUCCACCACCGGCGAGGCGUAUUACUAUUUUCGUGAAGUAGUCAAAAGAGAUCAAGAAAUGACUGAAGGCAGCAAUGCCACACGAUGGCGACAGAAGGCAGCCCCCUCAACAAGUGUCACUGUAAGCACUGCAGAAGGCGUCCUUCACACUCUCUCAUAUAAGCACAGAUGAAUUUGGUGUGUGUAAUGUUGGACCCACUAGUAAGACAAACACCCUUUUCCACAAAUAAAGACACUCACAUAAAGUUGCACAUAUUCAAACCUCACGUGACAAAGGUGGGUUGUGCACACAGAUCACAACAUAAAUUUCAAUAAUUGCAUUAAAAUCGGAACCAUCUGUGCGUAAAGGACGCAUCGUGCUCCGUGGCCUGGCUCUUUCUUUCAUUAAUGUUGGCAUAUAAAAUAAUUUUGGCUCACAAAACUGAAUAUUAUAAUAUCCGUAUGUCGGCUUAAAGUAAAUAACUCAUCUGAUCACUGAAACAAAUCAUCUGUUCAGCCGCCGCAGCAGCAGCUGCAGCAGGACAGGGAGAGGACACGGAGACGUGUCCAGGUCGAGCUGCGCGAGAAUUAAAAAGGAGGAAGAGGAAGAAAGAAAAGAAGAGAGACGAAUUACAUGUCUUGUUAACUUUAUCAUGUAUGUCUAUUUACUAGAUAUUUAAUUUAAUUUAAUGCAGUUUCAGCUGUGUUGAUUCGGUCAGGUCGUGUGUCCAAACACGUGCCAAAUGCGCUCAUCAGAUCAGAUAAAGAUCAGAAUAUAUCAAUAUAGAUCUAAAUGUAUGUGCUGACUCAGAUUAUUAGUUGUUGAUGAUUAUUUAUUUCACUGAAAUGUGCCUGACACCGUGGAAACCUGCCGGUGAGGCAUCUGUGAUGUAUGCCGAUAUGCCACAGGUCUACCAAAAUACCACUAGACCAGCUGCGCUCCGCCUGUGCUGAAAGCUGAUCAGGUUUGAAUCGGCGAGCUUUCAGCGCACUUUAUACGCCACUGGCGAGUACGAAAAUGUCACUGCGCCAGCUGAUUCUGUCGACACCUCCCUCUGCCAUGCCACCACGCCCAGCUUGGCGGACCUCGGUGCACUUCAGUCCACGAAAAUACCAAACUGGCUGAAAACCGGGCUCCGCCUGAUGAAAAUACCACUGCGCGGGGUCCACCACCCUCCGCCGCCUCACCAGCGGAAACGAAAAUAGAGCCCAUAGUGUCUAUUCCAGAUGAUAAACCAGAGAGUACAGGAAGGGUCUCAGAAAACCUUGAGAGGGCUGAAGGGCCAGCUGUCUGUCACUUUUAUCUAAAUCCAGUUUCUCACUGAUGCCAGCUCUUUACUGUUAUAACACAGAAUUCAACUGCUAUUAUACAGUGUGCAACAGUUUUCAUACAGUACUCAACUGUCAAAUGAUUUUACGGCUCGGUAAAAAUGAAAUACAGCAGAUUUCUAUACUUUAUUUGACUAUACAGUAAUUAGCGGCAUGUAUGCCAGCCACACCCUGUAAUUCUACAUUAUUCAUCACUGUAGAACAAUUUCAUAGUCUAUUGCAUCAAAAUAAAACAGUGCUGUAUAUUGUGGUCUGUGCAUAUGUGUUGUGUGUUUCAUCUUUUCAGGGAUACUUGCAGUACUCUGUGUUGUUCUAUGGGUACUAUGGCAGAGAGAGGAAAAUUGGCGCCGCUGGGUACCGGUUACCCCUGGCCUACUUCCUGGUUGGGAUGGCUGUCUUUGCCUACAGUUUCAUCAUUGUCUUGAGAAAGUAAUUACUCUGGUCUCUAAAUAUCAUACCAAGUCAUGAAGAAUAAAUGUGAUGUGAUAUCUGAGCAGUGAUGUUGACAGGUAUUCACUGGGAAUCCCUAGGACCCAGAAGAGAAUUUUGAGUGGAUUUCAAGGAAACUGCAUGUUUUUUUUUUUUUUAAAUCUUUGAUUUUAAGAAAUUGCAGUGUGUUUGGUUAUGGUAUUUUGUGUUAUGUUUGUAUUUGCUCACAUUUAAAUUGUGUCCAAAACACCACAUCUGAAAAGUUUAUCAGAAAACACAGAUCACAUUUGCAUGAUGUACAUAAUUCAGAUGACAAAGUGCUUCUUUAGCCACAUAGCACCAAAAAUAAAUCAUUGAAUAAGAUAGGGAAGGGAGCUGAAUGGUACAGGUACCAUUCAAUAAUAAGGGCCAUGGGGCACCAAGGCUCUAUUGUUAUACUGUGGAUUUGUUCUUACUACUUUUGUGGACAAAUUUAGAUUCACUGCUAGUCCUACAGCUUGAAGAGCUGUUGGACAAAUUAUAUAUCAAAAUGUGUGGUUUGAUCAGAGUUGGUGUGCUAUUACUUUUUUCUAUAGUAUAUAAUUUUUUUGGAACUCAAAUCAUGAAAAAAUAUGACAAAAUUUUGCACUGAAGUCAAUUGGACGAGCCAAAAAAAGAGCAAUCGUUGAUGUUUUUUAAAUGUUCGGCUCUGUUUUUUUUUUUUGAAUAAAUACUUGAAAAAGGAAUGUCUUUUGUAGAUGUGUUCCUUGUAUAUAAUAUCACAAUGGUACUUGUAUUAUUAUUUGAAAUCUCUUAAGAAUCUCAUCAUAUGUACACAACCCAGCAGUAGCCCCCGCCCAUGGCCCUUUCAAAAUUUUCCAGAGUGAAUUUUCUGGGUUUUUUUUUCAACUGUUACCUGGAAAACCAAAUAAUCCUUAUUCUCAAAUGUAUUCAAAUGCAUUCUGCUUCACAGACAAAAACAUUUAUCACAUUGUUGUAACUUUGAAUGGAAAUAUGUGCAAAUCUGUGCCCACAGUUUUUAUAUUGUCUGAUAUUUCUUGACUAUAAUUGCUGCAGAAUGGCCAAGAACUCUCGCCUUAGCCUGGCCAGCGCGUCAGAUGAGAAUUUCACUUUCUGCUGGAGAGUUUUCUGUGCCUGGGAUUACCUAAUAGGAAACCCAGAGGCAGCAGAGAGCAAAGGCGCAGCCAUUGUCAACAACAUCAGGGUCAGAGACACACAAGGAACACAGCACUCUGCAUGCUAUGUUACACUCACAUAGCGCUCUAUUUUCACGCUUCGCCAGAGACGUGGCCCAGGCACGGCGGACCUGACAUGGCCUAACCAAGCACAAUUUGGUAUUUUGGUGAGCGGCGCAGCCCAGCUUUAGUAUCCCCCCUCCCUAACUCAGCUCCGCCCAGCGGCAUAAGUCGUAGCGAGGGAGGAGAGAAGGCGUGGAGUGGGUUUAACACAGCCAAGACCGGUAUUGACCAAUAACAUCAGCGCCUCUCCUCGCCUUUAAAUCCGCCAUUGGCGAGACAUAUUACCAUUUUCGUGCAGUAGGCAAAGAGAUCAAGAGAUGACUGAAGGCAGUAAUGCCACACGAUGGCGACAGAAGGCAGCUCCUCAACAAGUGUCACUGUAAACUUCCUCCACACUCUCUCAUAUAAGCACAGAUGAAUUUGGUGUGUGUAAUGUUGGACCCACUAGUAAGACAAACACCCUUUUCCACAAAUAAAGACACUCACAUAAAGUUGCAUAUAUUCAAACCUCACAUGACAAAGGUGGGUUGUGCACACAGAUCACAACAUAAAUUCCAAAAAUGGCAUUAAAAUCGGAACCAUCUGUGCGUAAAUGACGCAUCGCGCUCCGUGGCCUGGCUCUUUCUUUCAUAGAUGUUGGCAUAUAAAAUAAUUUUGGCUCACAAAACUGAAUAUUAUAAUAUCCGUAUGUCGGCUUAAAGUAAAUAACUCAUCUGAUCACUGAAACAAAUCAUCUGUUCAGCCGCCGCAGCAGCAGCUGCAGCAGGACAGGGAGAGGACACGGAGACGUGUCCAGGUCGAGCUGCGCGAGAAAUAAGAGGAAGAGGAAAAAAGAAAAGAAGAGAGACGAAUUACAUGUCUUGUUAACUUUAUCAUGUAUGUCUAUUUACUAGAUAUUUAAUUUAAUUUAAUGCAGUUUCAGCUGUGUUGAUUCGGUCAGGUCGUGUGUCCAAACACGUGCCAAAUGCGCUCAUCAGAUCAGAUAAAGAUCAGAAUAUAUCAAUAUAGAUCUAAAUGUAUGUACUGACUCAGAUUAUUAGUUGUUGAUGAUUAUUUAUUGCACUGAAAUGUGACACUGUGGAAACCUGCCGGUGAGGCAUCGGUGACGUAUGCCGAUAUGCCACCAAUCUACCAAAAUACCACUAGACCAGCUGAGCUCAGCCUGCACUGAAAGCUGACCAGGUUUUAUAAGCCACUGGCGAGUACGAAAAUGUCACAGCACCAGCUGAUUCUGUCGACACCUCCCUCUGCCACGCCACCAUGCCCAGCUUGGCGGACCUUGGUGCGCCUCAGUCCACGAAAUUACCAAAUUGGCUGUGCGCCAGGCUCCGCCAGAUGAAAAUACCACUGCGCGGGGCCCUCCACCCUCCACUGCCUCACCGGCGGACAUGAAAAUAGAGCCCAUACUGUUUUAUUCACAUUCAAAAAAGGGAAAGCUCCUUUGGUGAUACUUUUUAUGCACAUAAAUCAGCAUUUAUGAUUAUCACUCAAACUUAAUCAAGGUAUUUUUUUGUUUGCACAGGAAGCCAUUGUAGAGGAGCAGGAAAAAAAGAAGGAUACUAGCCUGUAGGUGUCUUAAUUCUUUUUUAAUUUGAAGUGCAAUGAUUAGUAAGAAGUGUUCCCACUGUUAGAGCUGCUCAAACAUUCAAGGAAGUCAAAGGUCUACAGCCUGAUCCAUCCCACUCUGUCUGGUUGUCUCCUUAGGGCAGUGCUGAUCAGCCUGCGUAUCUUAGCCAACAUCCUGGUGCUGCUGUCACUGGCUGGCAGCAUCUACAUCAUCUACUUUGUGGUGGACCGUUCCCAGAAACUGGAGCAGGAGAAGCCGGAGCUGACACUGUGGGAGAAGAAUGAGGUAGCAAACUACAUUGACAUCCUCAUCUUCAUUAGUUUGAUUUAAUUAUAUAACAUACAAAACCAUUCAAGGAAUCGGUAGGAGUGUAGAGCUGCAGCUGAUCAUGUAGAAAACAACCAUCCGUGACAGCUCAUCACUUAGUCAGUUAUUUCAAGAAAAGGGCCAACUACAACCUUUAUAAGCAUUUUUCUACCUUUACCUACAGAUUAGUAUGAUAAUGAUGGUAUGAUCAGUAUGAUAAUGGUUCUACCUUUACCUACAGGUUAGAAUGAUAAUGAUGAUAUUUUUGUCCUAUAUGGUUCAAAGGAGUUUUGAUUUUCUCUCUAUCAGGUCAGUGUAGUCGUGUCCCUCAUCACUAUGAUUGCUCCUUCCGCCUUUGAGCUGGUAGCUCAGCUUGAGAUGUACCACCCAAGAACCUCACUGCGAUUCCAGCUGGCCAGGUUACUUUCAUUCAUCACUUUCACAUGUUGUAGUGUUUCUCAGUCUGUGCUACACCCUAACCUGUCUGUAUCCACAGAGUGCUUGUUUUAUACCUCGGCAAUCUGUACAGCCUCAUCAUUGCCCUCUUGGAUAAAGUCAACAGCAUGAGCUCUGCUGUGAGUCCUGAGAAAAAUCAAAGCACCUGUUUUUUUACGCUUUGGGUGUCUUAUGUUAGUGUGAAAGAGGCUAGCUGCUCUUAGAUAACAAUUUUAAAAAGUUUUUUGUAGUGUAGCAAAACGUGCAGCAAAUAACAAACCCUUUCUGUUCCAGAUCCCAGUGGUUUCAGGUAACUGGUCUGACUCCAGCUCCUUCCUGGCAACCAUCUCCCAGCCUGAGGUAGACAGCCUCUCUACCUUGGUGUCAGAGCUGUCUGUCUCUGAUCAUCACAACAGCACCAUAGCAACUAUUGCCACAGUAUUGGACAUCACAAACAGUGCCAGGAGCAGCUCAGGCGCCAUGUCCAACCAGACAGCAGUCUUUGAGAAGAACACCCGCUCCCAGCAGGACCAGUGCUGGGAGACGUAUGUCGGUCAGGUUUGUGUAGUCUCCGUAAAAUCACCAUCAGUGGGCCAGAGUGAUGAGGUUUAUAAGUGAUCCAUUCUUCCCCUGUCAGAAAAAGGUUAACACUGUUGAAUGCAGGAAAAUACCAGAAAGGAAGGGAUGAUGCUGUUCUUAAUUCUGUAGGAAUCUUCAUAGAGUGUAGAAUAGGCUUUAAACUUUAUCUGGGUGUUUCCUCUUGACUAAAAUGCUGUCAGUAGCUUUGUAAUAUUAGAUAUCAAAAACUGAAAGGGCUUUCAAACGGUGAGAUUUUAAACAAUGAUGCAGAGCAAAGAAGGAAAGGACAUGUCACUAAAUUAAUAAUGUAAAAAGGACAUGACCUUAGUUUGUAUGAUGGUUUGUGUGUCUCCAGGAGAUGCUGAAGCUGUCCAUCAUUGACAUGAUCUUCACAGUGGCCAGCAUCCUGCUCAUUGACUUUAUCAGAGGUUUGGUUGUGCGCUACCUGAGCGACUGCUGCUGCUGGGAUUUGGAGAGCAAGUUUGUAAGUUGCCUUAAAAUUGUUAAACAAUCAAAGUACUGUGAACAGCUUCUGCUGUGAACUGUGACCUGUGUAGAGCAAAUAUACAAAUGAAUGGUAAUAAGGCUAGCAGUGUGCUGACUAAGUUCAACAAGUUGUCUGAGAGGGUCUUUUAGAAGAAGACAAACUUCACAGGAAUCUGAAACUAGAACUGAAAAGGGUGGAGCUCAUUAGAAAGAACAUGAAUAUUCUAAAAGAAAAUUACACACUGGUUUUGGGUUUACUGUAAACUUACAGAUCAGCUAUUUUACUGACCUAGCCACCUAAAGUUAUAAAAUCGCUAUAUGAAAAAAAGCAAUGCAUUCAUGUGGCUUCUACAGACCUCCUUAAUUAUGAACUUAACUUCUGAUUCCUUUUGCCUUUUAUUUUGAAAAUUUAAUCUUGUCACUUCCACCUGUAGUCUUACCAUAAUUUAACCAUCCAACUAAAAUGAGAAAUUAUUAAAGGAAUUUGGAGAAAACCAAAACUGGAUUUUGCUUUUUGCACUUUGCAUUAAAAUACAGAAAAACAAACCUGUGAUUUUUCCGUUUUGGGGUCAAAACAAAAAAAACAAAACUGCAAGAGCUUUUUAUGGUCAAUUUAAAGUGAUAAAAUGAGAAAGAGGGAGAUGAGGACACAAACAUAUUUCCUGUUUUUGGUAGAGUGGUGUAGUGGUUGGCAAUGUCGCCUCACAACAAGAAGGUCCUGGGUUUGAACCCAGGUCAGGGCGUUUCUGUGUGGAGUUUGCAUGUUCUCCCAGUGUCUGUGUAGGUUUAGUCUGGAUACUCAGGUUUCCUCCCACAUCCCAAAAACCAGAAGUGGGGUUAGGUUAAUUGGUUACUGCUAAAUUGCCCGUAGGUGUGAAUGUGAGCGUGGAUGUUUGUUUGUCUCUAUAUGUCAGCCCUGUGAUGAACUGGCGACUUGUCCAGGGUGUUUCCUGCCUUCGCCCUAAGAUGCUGGGAUAGGCUCCAGUCCCCCGCGACCCCCCACUGGGAUAAGCAGUGGAAAAUGGAUGGAUGGAUAGAUGAUUUUAAACAAAAAAUAAACAACGCUCAUUUGGUUUCACAAUUGAAAAAUAAAUUAUCCAAAGGUAUCGUGACAGCCUACCCUUUCCAUUAUUACACUGUCAUUUCAUGUGAAUGUGGUUUUCCAGUGUCUGCAUAUUAAUCCUUUUACAUAGUGAGAGGACCAACCCAAUUUUCAUGAGGGGGGCUUAAGCCUGGACUGGACUGUAUGACAGACAUCAUAUCAACACUGUCACACCUGAUUUCUUCUUUCCUGUCUAAUUUUCCUUUUCACCAGCCUGAGUAUGGGGAAUUCAAAAUAGCAGAAAACGUUCUUCAUCUGAUCUAUAACCAGGGGAUGAUCUGGUAAGUCUUUAGUACGUCUGAAUGACAGACAGAGGAUUCAUCUCUAUUGUGAACCUAUCACUACGGCAUGAUUGCUGUGUGUGUAAUAGAGGAUGUAAGUCAAAGCUAAUAGUCUGGCUGUUGCUAACCAGUCUCUGUGACCCUGUUCAGAGGACUGUGGCCUCUAUAAUCUCUUCAUUACACAUCUGUGGCUGCCUUCAAUGUAUUUCCUCAACUCAUUUCAGAGAUGUCUCCUUCCAGCAAUAAAAGUAAUAAAUUGAAUCCACAGGCCGCCGGAUGUAAUGUCUGUUCUGAAAACUGUGACCCAAGUGUGUGCGUGCGUGUGUGUGUGUGUGUGUGUGUGUGUGUGGACUGACUUUUAUUCUAUCGUUCCUUCAGGAUGGGAGCCUUUUUUUCACCCUGCCUUCCUGCCUUCAAUGUGCUGAAGCUGAUUGGUCUGAUGUACCUCAGGAGCUGGGCCGUCCUCACAUGUAAUGUUCCCCAUCAGCAGGUGUUCAGAGCCUCCAGGUGCAGCAAACACACACACACACUUAGAGCCUUUUGCAGCCUUUGGUCUAACAAGUGCAUAAACACUAACUGUUGUUUUACAGAUGAAACUAAUUAUUAUUUCAUUGAUCUCCUUUUGCUGUCGAGCUGUGGAGAGAUGGAGACUUAUCAGUGUGUAGUUCUGAGCGGAAUGUUCGUCUUCUGUUCGUACACACAUUAACACAGCCCACUCUGAUUUAUGGACCAAAGCUGUCAUUGUCCCUUUCAGUUCUUAUCAGUCACUACCAGAUGUGCCUACAAAUCCAAGCGCACGCGCACGCGCACACACACACACACACACACACACACACACACACACACACACACACACACACACACACACACACACACACACACACAGACAGAUAAUUUCAUGGGAGCCAGCUGAAUGCAGAGAUCGAUGUAGUCUUUGAAGAAGAAGAAAAAGAUGAAAAAGAAGAAGAACUUUAUUGAUCCCCGAAGGGAAAUUCAAUAAUGAUCAACCAUUAGAGCUGAGUCACUUUGGUGUCAGUAACUGUGGGGUUAUUUUGUGGGGAAUAAUGUGGAGUAGUUACUUUAGUAUGUCCUCCCUUGGUCUAUUUCAGGUCAAAUAACUUCUACCUGGCUAUGCUGCUCUUCAUGCUGUUUCUUUGUAUGCUGCCCACCAUCUUUGCCAUAGUGAGAUACAGGCCUUCACAACACUGUGGACCCUUCAGGUGAACAAAUGCUGCACAUGGAGUUAAAACAUGAAAUCCUUUACAGCAAUGUGCAUUUUAUGCAAAACUGUCAGUAAGUCAGCAUUUAACACUCUGGGCUCUAUUUUCGUGCGUGCCAGCAACACGGUGGACGGUGGCGGACCCAGCGCAGUGGUAUUUUCGCCUGGCGGAGCCCGGCGUACAGCCAGUUUGGUAUUUUCGUGGACUGAAGUGCACGCUAAGUUCCGCCAAGCUGGGCGUGGAUGCGCAGUAGAGGGAGGUGUCGACAGAAUCAGCUGGUGCAGUGACAUUUUCGUGCUUGCCGGUGGCGUGAAAAGUGCGCUGAAAGCUCGCCAAUUCAAACUUGGUCAGCUUUCAGCGCAGGCGGAGCGCAGCAGGUCUAGUGGUAUUUUGGUAGACCGGCGGCGUAUUACACAUACGUCACUGAUGCCUCACCGGCAGGUUUCCACAGUGUCAGGCACAUUUCAGUGCAAUAAAUAAUCAUCAACAACCAAUAUUCAGUGCAACUAUCUGAAUCAGCAAAUACAUUGCGAUCUAUAUCGAUAUAUUCUGAUCCAUAUCUUAUCUGAGGAGCGCGUUUGGCACACGUUUGGACACUCACUCUAACCUAAUUAACACAGCUGAAACAGCAUUAAAUUAAAUAUCCAGUAAACAGUCACACAUUAUGAAGUUAACAAGAUAUUUAAUUCGUCUUCCCACUUAUCCUUCUUCUUCCUCGCGCAGCUUGAUAGGUGUUGUGCCGUAGAAUGCACCCCUGCAUCCAAUCCACUCAUUAGCUUCUUAAAGUGGAAAAAAAAUUAUCUCAUAUUAAAAAAAACACGAGUAUUAGAUCAUGACAACAUGUCAAAUGGAGCAGCAAACUUUCGUUCUGUUUAUAGGUACGGCGGCGGCCCGGCAGGGAUCAGCUCGCAUCCCUCCGUCUGCUGCUGGUUUGUCAUGUGGGGCGACGUGCUGCUCGACCACGGGGAUGUGGUGCACGCUUGUCACAUAGUGAGUCACCAAACGCCGCCACACAGGGUCGCCAAAGUGCCGUCAACGCAAGUAUCGGCUCCACGCCAACUUCUACACCACCUCCUCACUUUGCGUUGAUUAGCGCUGGAACCGACGCUUGUGUCGCGAUGAUAAAUCUGGACGUGUGUGCCGAUCUUGGCGGACGCGAGGUCAUAAAAAUAUUGGUUCAUUUCAAUUCCUGCUUCUGUGUAUCUGUUGCGUUUACUUCUCUCUCCACGGUAUCAUAGGUAAUGUAAUCCAGUAUUUAGAGGUCAGUUAUGCACAUUUCAGUUGUUUAUUGCAUAAAAAGUUAUCGAAAAAUGAAGUUAAGGGCGAAGUAUCAAUCACGUCUAAAAAUAGACUGAAUCCCGACGUUGAAAUCAAGUAUAAACUUAGACUAGACGUCUAAUAUACGUCUUUUGCUCAGUGGGAUGGCAAAGCAUGUGGACAUUUGUGUGACACGCCACUUACCCUAUAAUAAAAAUCGCCACCACCCGCUGCUCAAACGGCGUGAGGGUCUCCUCCCCCGGACCCCCACCUCUCUGGCCGGUACUCCUCCGGAGGGCAGCUGUACACCGCUUGACCUCCACCUUGAGGUCUGACCACUUUUUUUUAAUCUCCGCGGGGGUGCGUGUCUCGGAACCCACCGCGUUCACCCUCUCGCAAACUUUCUCCCACUCCAAGCGUUUUCGUUUUGCACUGACGCCACUGGACAGGCUGCCAAACAAAACACGCUGUCGCUCCUCCACCUCCGCCACCAGCACCUCCACCUCGCACGCCGUAAAUUUCGUUUUUCUUGUCAUUUUGUCUGCGUGCGAGGACAGGGAGACCCUAUUUAAAUAAAUCUGCAUAUUUAUAGGAGGGCGUAAUGGGGGCGGGCCCAGUCACUCCGACAUCUGCGCUCAAUUCCACGCUGAUUGGGAUUUAUCAAGGAAACACACGUGGAUUUCGGCGCCCGCACACCUUGAUACAUACAGAUUUUUUUCAGCGUGACGGACCUUGCGUGCGCUCGUUUCUGGUAUGAGUCCCACGCAAGUAUUGAUACAUGAGGCCCCUGGUCUGGAGCAGAUGUUGUAGCUGGUUUUAGAAGUUGUCCUUAAGUUCAUCAUCAGUAUUGGUGGGUGAGUAGCAUUGUAUGAUUUGGAGGUUUAUCCUCUUGUGUGUCGUUUGGAAUCGUGCAGUGAUGAUCCUUGAGUUAAUAGGCUCCCAGCUGAUGAGGGCCCUCUGGGCUUCUUUGGAGAGCAUGAGUGCCACUCCCUCCGUAUGUGGUGCUUUUUUGUCAACAUGUCCAGAGUAGAGUAUGGACUCGCCACUGCCCAAUUUGACUUCUCCUGUCUGGAGCCAUCUAGUUUCGCACAAGCCUAGGAUGGAAACCUUGUAUCUCCUCAUCUCAUCUGCAAUGACUGAUGUCUUCCCUGCUGUGUACAUAGUCCUGAUGUUCCAGGUUGCGAUGUUGGUAGGUUGCCUAGGAGAAAGAAGAUUCUGACGCAUCCUUUCCAUAUGGUUUUCGGCAUGCUUCUUCAUUGUCUCUUUAGCUUGUUUGCUUGAAGAGUCUUCAUCUCUUAGGUUGUAGGGUUUCUUUUUCUUCAUGAAUGUUUCUGUAAUCAUUUAAAUCCACCUCACGGGUGAUUGGCCCAUGAGGUUUUACCAUUGCCCUAUUGGCCAGCUUGACCUGUUUCCACCUCUCACAAUGUGGACGUUAGAGUUGGAUUUCGAGAGGCGAUCUCUUUGACUACUUCACGAAAAUAUUCUUCACAAUGUAAUACGCCUCGCCGGUGGCAGAUUCAAAGGCGAGGAGAAGAGCUGAUGUUAUUGGUCAAUACAGGUCUCUGCUGUGUUAAACCCACUCCACGCCCUCUCUCCUCCCUCCCUACGACUUACGCCACUGGGAGGAGCUAAGUUAGGGAGGGGGGAUACUUACGCCGGGCUGCGCCGCUCACCAAAAUACCAAAUUGUGCUUGGGAACGCCUUGUCGGCGCAGCGGACCUGACUUAUGCCGCACCUGCACCACAUCUCCGGCGAAGCACGGAAAUAAAGCCCUGAGUCUGCAUUGAACACAAUUGCAAGGUUGUGCAUGUAAAUUAAGCAAUGCAUUACUAAUCAGAUAUGUUUGUAGUUCAUAUUCAAGUUAAAAGCAAUUUUCAAUUUCAAGUUAAAAUCUGAUCUAAAUCAACCCCAAAAAAAUUAAAAAAAUCUAAAUCAGUCUCUAAUUUAAGACACAUAUAUCUGUGCUGAGACUUUAGAGAGAUUCUGAAAUAUCUUCAAUAUUAACGUCUCCGAAUGGAGGUCUUUGGAGGAGGCCAUAGUCUCUAGACGUGGGCCUGGGUUCACUUUCAACCUAAGGCUCCCACAUGUCGCUCUACCCUCCCUUCCCAUGUCCUAAUCUGGCCACUGUCCUGUCCUUUUUAAACUGCCAAAAACCUUAAAAAAUAAAUCUUUAAUUAUUAAUGUGAGUGGAGUGAACCAAAUGUGUGUUUCAGUGGGCAAGAGAAGAUUUAUGACAUCAUCUCGGAAACAGUGGCCAAUGACUUCCCUCGCUGGUUCAGCAAAGUGGCAAGUUAUAUCACCAGCCCUAUUGUAGUGCUGCCAGCACUGCUGCUGCUGUUGUAAGACCAUGCACCACACACACACACACACACACACACACACACACACACACACACACACACACACACACACACACACACUCACACACACACACACACACACAAAUACAUUUGCACAUACACAAAAUCACAGCGUGCCUCUACAUAUCACGUUGAAUCUUCCUCUUUAUGUUUCAGCAUGCUGAUAUACUAUCUUCAGGCUAUUGCAAGGUCCCUCAAAUUCACCAACAACCAGCUGAGGAUGCAGCUGCAGACUGUGAGUUUCUGAUGGCCUGUUAUCCUGGUGGACCAACACAUUUUUAUCUUUUAUUAGUGAUUUUCAAGCAGAGAGCAACUGCAUUCAACCAAAGUAGUUUUAAAGAUAUUAGAGUAAUUAUACUUUAUUUUUUCAUGAUUGGAAAAUACAAAUGCGUGAAAACUAACAAGAUGUUUUUUCAAAUUUUUAACAUACAAUAUAAAACUAAAACUGAACAGAAAUUACUUUGAAAAAUAAACCAGUGCUCUCUGAUGGACCUUAUGGUCAGUGUCUUACAUUACACUGAUCUGUAUGAUUGCGGUAAGCUUGGCUGAGCAUUCACGUCUGAUCCUCUUAAUCAAAAAGUUUCAUCACUAAUGCUUCUGCACACUUCCCACUUUGGCAUGCAUAAAAAGCUGGUUCAGGUUCAUGUUUCUCUCUGUGUUUCAUCACCUUUCCUUAAGAACACUCAGUAAAGUCUUUGUGAACUGAGGACACUAACUGUUGAAGCUUUGGAGGUAAAUUUUUUCAUAGUCUUGUUUGAUGAACCACUUCAGCUGAUCAACAGUCCGGUGUCUCUGUUGUGGUGUUUUGUGCUUCAUGUGAUAUGUGCUAGUAAGUCAUGGGCACUAACAAACACCCACACCAUCAUAGAUGCUGACUUUGACCUUUGACCUGAGAAGAGUCUGGGUGGUCCCUCUCCACCAGAUCCAUGAUUUCCAAAAACUAAAUGAAAUGUGGACUCAUCAGGCCACAGCAGACUUUUCCACUUUGGGUCAGUCCAUCUCAGAUGAGCUCAGGUCCAGAGAAGCCGGCGGUGUUUCUGUCUGUUGUUGAUAUCUGUCUUUGUCUUUGUCUGGUAGAGUUUGAACUUGUGGAUGUAGAGACCAACUGUGUUAACCGACUAUGGUUUUCUGGGGUCCUCUUAAACCCAUGUGGUAAAUUCCUUCACAGAAUGAUGUGGGUUUUUAGUGCAGUGCUGCCUGAGGGGUCAGAGGUCAUAAUCACUCAGUGCUGGUUUUGGGCCUUGUUACUUAUGUGUAGCGAUUUUUCUGAAUCUUUUGAUGAUUUUAUGGAACGUAGAUGAUCAAAUCUCUAAAUUCAUUAAGUUGUAUGUUGAGAAAUAGGGUUCUUAAACUGUUGGACAAUUUUCUCACACAGUUGUUGACAAAGUAGUGAACCUGGCCCAUGUUUGUGAAGGGCUGAGGCCCUGUUUGUACGUAUGUGGUUAUUUUUAAAAACGGAGACAUUAACCAUUGUUUGCAGCCUUUGUUUAGACACAAACAGAUAAUUUGCCCCUAAGAAUGAUGCUUUUUAAAAACUCCUGCCAGAGUGGAGAUUUUGGAUUACUCCGUUUGCACGUUUACAUGUAAACAGAGAAAAAGAUUUGGGUAGGUCACGGCAGAUUGCACACAGGAGAGAAGGAAGGGAUGUUGUUGUUGAUGCUGCUAUGUGGGAUUCUGAUUGGCUAACGUGGGCUUGAGUUUCUUGCUACACUGCCACCCACAUGUUUGAUAUGUUCUUGAUAUGCUUUUGAUAUUCUCUUGAUGGCACAUAUACACGGGUUAGUGUAAAUGAAAACUUAUUUGAAAACAUAGUGGUGUGCAUGCGUUUUUUUUUUUUUGUUUUUUUUGGGAAAUGGAGAGGGUGGAAUAUUUGUUUAUGAAAAUAGCCAGUCUUUUGGUAAUGCUUAUUUUAAACCCAAUCAUGACCCUUACCUGUUUCCAAUGAACCUGUUCACCUGUUGAAGGAUCCAAACAAGUGUUUUUGGAGCAGUCCUCAGUUUUCAGACUUUUGUUGAUUCUGUCCCAGUUUUUUGGAACAUGCAACAGUAUCAAGUUCAAAAUGAGUAAGAUAAUAAUAAUAAUAAUAAUAAUAAUAAUAAUAAUAAUAAUAAUAAUAAUAAUAAUAAUAAUAAUAAUAAUGAUAACAAAUUAAAUAACAAUGUAACACACUUUAACAAACAUGAGAUAUCAUGUCUUUGUGUUCGGUUGAAUAUAGGUUGGAAAGGAUUAGCAGCUUAUUUUACUUUUUUUUUCAACCCAAGUUCUGGAAAUAAUGAUUAGAUGACUGAAGAGACAUCAGUAAAACUAAAGUUUACAGGGUUUUCUGCAUAAGGCUUAAGGUGGAGUUUUCUCUCUUUUCUUUAGGAGCGGACUGAGGACAAGAAGAAAGUCUUCCAGUUGGCUGCAGGUACCUGUAAGGUGUUUUCAGAUGUUCCGAGUGGGUGUUUGAUUGUUUGUGAUUGAGUCAUGACACUGUGUUGUUUGAUCCAACCUCAGCCAGACUGCAGGCUCCGGAGGCAGCAGCUGACAAAAAGCCAGAUCAGCAGGAGAGCGACAUCACCAGUCAGGACGCCUCCAUCCACACUCCAUCCCCCCGACGCAAUGGCAGCGUCACAAACUUUCAGUCUCCUGUUUGUCGUGGAAACAGCAUCCGCACCAUCACCCAGUCAGCAUCUAGAGUGGACAUGGACAGAGGGAUGGGUUCUGGAUCCGUCAGAAAUCCAUCAGUGACUGCAUUGCCCAAGCACAGGUUCAAGCAUUUUCUACUUUUAACAUGAUACACAUACACAUACACAUACACAUACACAUACUGUACUGUUACCAGGCUCCAUCAUCAGCUUGUGUAAGUCUUGUGUCCUUCUACAGGUACAAAUAUUUGUGACUAAUGCAGUUAUCUACAUGCUUAAAAAGAAAGGUUUUUAGUUUUAAAGGAAAAGUGAGGUGAGCAGAUGAUUAACAGUUUUACAGACAGUUGUAUGUACAUUUAAGAAGUAAAAUAUUGAAUAUGAAUCAUAAACCUAUCAUAAGUAAUAGUUGUAGUUUAGACAUGUAUUGUUUAUAUUUUAUUCCUUUAUAUAACAUUUAACGAUUAGGUGUUUAUAAAGCCUUUGCGUGAUCUGAAUUAGUAUUCAAAAUCCAUUAUUUAUCAUGAAGAAAUACAUUUACAUAUAUUUACUCUGUUGUUGUUUCUAUCUGUUUAUUUCAGAGUAAUUCAACAUGAUCAAUGCUCUUUGAAAACACAAUAUAAUGAUGACUAACAAAGCUAAUUCUCAUGUGUUAUCAUUCUCCAUAACAGACCUCCACCCUUUCUUGGUGGCCCUGGCGGUACCUGCAAGUCCAAGUCCUACCAUCAUAUGGCAUUUAAUCCCCCAGCUUUCUGUUCUGACAACAUCCACUCUGACCCCCUGUACAGAAAGACCAAACGCUCCAUCCAUCCUGUGGAGGCUGCUGGGAUCAUUGCAGCACACAGUUAUGGGGGCCGGCGUGGCCACACCACCCGAUAUGUAAUCGUCAAUGAACAUGAGCCCAGGAAGAAGCUGCUGCGCUCAACUACUCGGAUUCCACGCCACUACCUCAUGGAGGAGUCUGCAGAAAUCUUAGAGCUGUAUCCACGCAACAUCAAACGCUAUACACCCCGCCCAGCUCACCACCAACCACAUCCUCACCGGUCCCACCCAUCAGAGCAGCAUCUGAGUGAGGAGGAAGAGCAGGAAGAGGGCAAAGGCAGGAGAAGGAAGUCUUUAGGGAAGACUCAUCGGCCUCGUUCCCUUUCCGACCUCCAUCAUCAAGCACAGUUCUACAUCGGUGACGGUGUAGAGGGACACUUGCCAAUGGCUAAAGACAGCCACUCAGCACGAGGACAUUAUGGAGUCCAGGAAGAGGAUGAUGAGGAUGAUGGUGAAGAGGAAGGGGACUGGGGAGAUCUAGAUUCACAUCCCUGCUCUAAGACCAGUGUGAAAGGAGCAGAUUCUGGACUUGUUCAAACCAGGUGUCAUUCCCAGUCUCCAGGAAGACACUAUCAGUCCCCAAGGCUGACAAGGCAAAUGGAGUCCUGUGUGAAAUCCAAGACCAGACCAAAGCUGGACACCCCUCUUACAGAGUCAGAUUCAGUCUCCCUGGCCUCCAGUAGUGACCAGCAGAAUAGCAGCACAGACCAGUACAUCCAGGUCAUUCACAACAAGGAGCGCUAUCUCAAAUCUGAGGCUAGACAAGCAAAGCUGGCCAAAAAGAAGUCCAAAACCAGCUUUGACCUGAAGGUGGAAGAGUCGAAUGACCUAGUUUGUUCAAAUGUAUGA